AUGUCCAAGCCCACGGGCGCCGCCCGCCCGGCCCCGGGCCAGGAACCCGCCGUGGCGGUGACCGUCCGCUCCCUCCGCGCCGGCGCAGGCGACGCCGAGGCCGUCCGGCUGCCCGCCCAGCCGGCGGGCACGUCCCUGCUCGACAUCAAGACGGCCGUCGCGGAGCGGCUGUCGCUGGCCCCCUCGCGCGUGCGCCUGCUGCACCGCAAGAAGCCCGUCGCCGACAGCAAGGUGCUCAAGGACCUCCUUGGCCCGGGGGACAGCAGCCUGGAGCUGUCGGUGAUGAUCAUGGGCGGUGGCGGAGCUGCUGCUGCUGCUGCUGCUGCUACUAGUACUACGUCGUCGUCGUCGCCGCCGCCGCCGGUCGCAGGAGGAGAGGACGUGGUUGGACGGACUACGGCUGGCGGACCGACGGGAAUGGCGGUGGUCGAGGGCCCCGAGUUCUGGAACGACCUACGUGGGUUCCUGUUGCAGAGGGUCCGGGAUGAGAAGGUGACGGAUGAGGUGUUUAGCUUGUUCUUGCGGGCUUGGGAGGAGAGAUCGUAG